AUGAGAGUUCAAUGAAAUAAUAUAACAAUUCUAGAGCUAGAGAUGAUGAAUAAUAUAAAAAUAAAAUCGUUUGAAAAUUUACAACUUAAUUUCGGAAAUGACUUACUGGAUUCAAAAAAAUGUAAAUUAAUCUAUCAUUCUUUAAUUCAGAAGAAGCAAUCUUUACUAUCAAAAUUGAAUGUCAGAAAUAUUGACUGCCCUAUUGAAGUCACUGAACUAAUUGAGAAUGAUUUGGAUGGAAUAUAUGGAACUAGAAGAAAAUACGAGGAUCUAUUACAUAAAGUGAAUGUUCUACAAAUUACCAAACAGUAUAUAAGAGUGAUACAAAAACUGGAAUAUUUCAAUGUUGAAUUAGAAAGAGAAUACAAAAGUAAAGACUAUGAAAAGUGUGUAACUAUAUUUGCUAAUUUAUGUGAAAUUAACUGGAACUUGAAAUAUUUAGAUAAUUUCUAUUUGAAUAAUAUUAUUUGUGGCGUCCAAAAGUACUGGCAUGACAUUCUGAAGAGUAGUUUAUCUGAAAGUUUUGAGGAGACUUUGAAAUCAAUCAAGUGGCCUUUUGUAAAUGCAAAUUUUAGUCUUCAAACACCCCCUCAAAAUGCAAUAGAUGGACUGAAACUUCUUACUGAGUAUCUUCUUCAAAUUGAAUUAUCUAAUGAUCCUUUCGAUUCGAUAGCAUUAUCUAUGAGUACAUCUUGUUUGAGUGCACCAACAUUUCUGAUGAUACAGCCACUUAGAAAACGUUUUAUUUAUCAUUUUUAUGGUCCACGUCAAACUAACCGUUUGGAUAAGCCAGAGUGGUAUUUUACACAAAUUUUAACAUGGAUAAGAGACCAUAAGGAGUUUUUGCAUAAAUGGAUUCAGCCCGUUGUUGAUAAAUUGGGGUACUGCCAUUUAGACAUUGAGCUUGAAUUUAUGGUGGGGUUGGUUCAAUUAGCUGUUGAAAAACUACAUGCAGACAUUGGGAAGGCACAGUAUGAUGAUUUCACAUUCUCACACACAGUUGAUGAAGCUUUGAGCUUUGAUAAAGAGUUAAGAAUUUCUUAUGAUUAUCCAGUUAUACAAGCAGGAGUAUUAGGUGUACUUACUCAAGCACAAGUAUUCAUUAAGUGGAUUUCAAUGGAAAGAAAAUUUGCCUUGGAAAAAAUGGACAAUAUUCUUUCAUCUUCUGAACUAGCAUUUGAACCUCUAGACUCUGAUAUAGAUAACUUGAAGGUGACGGUUUGUGCUGAUGCAUUUAUGACACUUUUGAAACGGAUAACAGAUAGGUAUGAAAGCUUGCCACAACCUGGUCAUCGACUUCAAUUUUUAGAGCUACAAUUGGAGUUAUUAGAUGAUUUCAGAGUUCGAUUGAUUCAAAUUGCAAAAGCAGAAGAAGGUAAUGUAAUAGAAUCUAAGGUACCCAUGAUUGCCAAUACUUUAUUUUAUAUGGAAAAUGUCUUGUUGGAUUGGGGAAACACUCUCCAUCAUCUGAAUUUAUACUAUUACAAGUCUAAAUCAGAAAAUAUUAGUCCAACUGUGUUAUUACCAGAUAUUGACGAUUCUACUUUAGAAAAUGAGGCACAAAGUGUUUUCACUGAAACAUUAUUGCUAUAUGGGGAUAUGAGAAGAUUUUUAAUUUCUACAAUGUCUGAAUUUGUUAUGGAGGAGAUUGAAAGCAAAAGCCAAAAUUACAUCAGAGAAGAUUGGUCCAAGAUGAAAGUCGAUAAAGAUUUUAAAAAUUUAUCACUAACGCCAUCUGCCUGUUCAAUGUUUGAAGUUAUAGCAAAAAGAUUGCAUCAGUUGCAAAAGUCUUUGGCAGAUAAGAUUUUCUCUAUUAUAUGGAAAUCAUUGGCCCAACAAUUGGAUAAUUACUUAUUUGAAGAAUUGAUUUGGAACAAAAAAUUGGAGAAAGGAGGCAUUCUUCAGUUGAGAUAUGAUAUUGAAAGAAACUUAUUUCCAUUAUUUUCCCAAUUCACUGAUAAACCAGAAGGUCAUUUCAAACAAUUGCUUGGGUCACUACAAACAUGUAACAUAUGAUGAAAUAUACAAAUUUCAGUUAA